GAUAACAAAACCCUCUUUUGCUCUGCUUCUCUCUCUCUCCCUCUCCCCCAAAUUUUGAAAAUUGUGAAUAAUGGAAUUCAGAUACAGAGCCAUCGACACUGAUCGACCACCUCCUUCUACGGACACUGCACCAUCUCAGUCUCCGUUACCGAACUCCUCUUUCUUCCCGCCGCCGCGCUCCAUCCCAGGAUCAAGUGAGGAUGAUCAAGUUAGGGAAGCGAUUCAAAGAGAGAUUGAGAAGGAGCAUAUACGUCAAGAGAUCAUUAUCGCAGAAGCUGUCAGAAAGAGAGAGCUUAUAGCCGAGGUUUUACAGGAGAUGGCUAUUGAGAGAGAAAUGGCGAAAAGACGAGUGGCUGAGACGGGGAUGUCGUUAGAGGAAAAGAUAACUAUGUGGAUCAAUCAAAGGAAGCUUUCAAAUCAGAAUCAGAACAUGAACAACUUGUUCAGUCCUAUGAUGUACAAAGGUCCUUACAACGGUUUAGUUACAUCACCAAUGAUGCAAUUGCCUUCACUCCAACCAAUGCAUGAGUCUACUACUACCGGAACAUCAGUUUUGGAGUCUAAUAAAGAGAAGUUGAUUGUAUUGAAUAGGGCUGACACUAUGGGAGCAAAGGGUAAAGAAGACAGUGUUGGUACCAUGCAUUUGCCUCAACUCCAGCGAAGGCCUGAUGCUACUGGUACAUCUGUUUUGGAUUCUAACAAAGAUAAGUUGAUUGUACUGGCUAGAGCUGAUCCUGUAGGAGAAAAGCGUAAAGCAGAGGAUACUCAUCAAACUGGUUUGAACAAACAUGUUAAAGGGAAAAGGCACAAAGCAAAAGUAGCAGCAGUCUUGGAAGCAAAGACGAUGUCUGUGGAAACCGGAGAAAUAGUCUCUUCGAAAAAGCAAGUAGAAAGCAAACUAAGAAGAAGCUUUAAGUUUUGGUGUGACAUUUGUAAAGUUGGGACCUUUUGUCAAACAGUCAUGAGGGAUCAUGAGUUAGGUAAAAAGCAUAAGGCUGCUGUUACGCAACGGAAUGAGGCACCUGAGGCUGCUUCAACGUCCUUAGCUCCUGCUUCUUGUUCAGCGCCACAAUCAGAAACCAUUUCAGGAAUUGAAACUGCUAAUGUACCGGCUCAAGUAGUGGAAGACAUGUCGAUGAAAGAAACAAUGGGAAAGAAGACAGAAGAAGGUGAGAAGAAAAAGAAGGUAACGAUUUGGUGCAGCACUUGUAAUAUUCAUGCAAAUUCUGAGACGACGAUGAGGAAUCAUAGGCUUGGGAAAAAACACAUGGCUUUGGUUGAGAAAGAGAAACGUGAACCCGUUGCAGUCCCAAUGAGUGCUAUAAAUGCUGCUGAUCCAGGAGAGAAAGAGUCAGUUUCUCUAGCAAAGGAUCAUACAGAAGGUGAAGGUUCAUUGCAAGGUGAAGGUGAAGGUGAAGGUUCAUUGCAAUGUAAAGGUGAAGGUGAAGGUUCAUUGCAAUGUAAAGGUGAAGGUGAAGGUGAAGGUUCAUUGCUUGGUCAAGUCAUAGAAGAUUCUAAGUUUGUUAGGUCAUGACAACACAUAAUGGCUGAGGAAUCAGAGAUUGAGUUUCAUUGAGGCAUGAAUCAGAGACUUGCACAUGAGUUUUUUUUUUUUGUUUUAAGUGAGAAUGGGAAUGUUUAGUUACAAGCAUAAGUGUUAGACCACAAUGAUUGCAUUAUUGAAUGUGUUGCCUUGUCAUAUUGUUAUCAUGUAUACUGUACAAGUUUAUUAUGUUUGUGUGGACUUCACAUGAUAGAUAUGUCUUCUUUCAGGU